UCUUGAUUCCAAUCAAAAAUAUUUUAUAUCAAGAAAUAAAUUAUUUUCUAAAAUUUCAAAAAUAUUUCCUUCCUUUAUAUAUUUCAAUCAAUUCUGUGAUUAACUUUCGGAGUCCUUUCUGGCUUCCCACGUCCAAUUCAUUCACAGUGGGUUGGGUUCGUACGGUGUCGUACAGAGCUUCUGUUCUGGCUUCAUUCACGCCCUUCGCUCUUCUUCUAGAACCCUUCACAACACCACAUUCCUCAGUUUCGUUUCUUUCAUGCCAUUAUUGAAUUGUUGUUGUUUUGAUUACUCCCAUGUAAUGCAGUAACAUUUGUUGUGUUUGUUUCAUAGAUCAGGAUAGCACAGUUUCAGUGGCAUUCUAGAAGUUCAGUGUCUGCUGGCAAUCCACAAUCAUGGAACCUGUUUGUUUCAAGUGUGGUGAUAGAGGCUAUUCGGAGACAUUGGUUUCUUGCAAUGAGUGUCAGUCUUAUUCUGUGCAUAGGUACUGUUUAGAUGGGCCUGUGAUUUUUUAUGAUGAUGUUUCAUGGUCUUGUGAGGAUUGCAAAGCAAAGCUAGUAGUUCCAUAUUCACAUGACCAAUCUACACCUCUUUCACCUGAAACAUGUGACUUUGUGAAGUUGGCUGAUGAUGCAAUUCAAGCCAGCGGAGAACUAAAACAUUGCAAUAAUAGAGUGGAAAUAAGCAAUCAAAAGCGACAAAAGAAGCAGAAAAAAGCCGUGAAGAAGAAAGCAAAGGUCCCGUUAUCUGAUAGUCACAGGUCACCUGAGCUUGGGAUCCCUCAAUGUAGUAUCAACUGCGCAGAAGAAAGCGAGCUUAAAAUCAAAAGUGGACCGGUUUCAAGAGAUACAAGCAAUUCUAAUGAAGAGGCCAAAUCUGUUCAAGUCGCUCAAGUAACUAUCGAUGAUAAUUCAAAUUGCGUAGAAUCACAUUGUCGUGUUGAGGCGCUUCCUAUUGCCAAUCCAAUCUGGCGGGGAAGUCUCUACUUCUGCAACAAAACUAUUGGUACUGUGACUGUCAAUGGACUUGAGGCCUAUUUGUCGAGUCUAGCAUGCUCCAAAGUUCAGGAGGAGACACUGCUUUUCCCGGAAGUGCUUCGCGCAGAUUUGCUUCCGAGAUCUAUGGUGUGGCCUAAUAGUUUCAAGAACGAGGGGCCAACAGAUCAGAGUAUCGCUCUUUAUUUCUUUCCCAAGAAUGAAAGAGAUGAGAAAGUCUUUGACAAGCUGGUUGAUGACAUUAUUCAGAUUCAACUUGCUAUAAGAGUUAUAGCUGAAAAUGCAGAGCUUUUAAUUUUUCCUUCUACUGUGCUUCCCCCCUCGCAUCGAAGGUUUCAAGCUAAGUAUUACUUGUGGGGCGUCUUCAGAAGAAAGCAAACUUUACCAGGGACAAAUGAUGCUGAGUGCAGAGAGAUUGCUGAUUUUCACAAGCGCUUAACAUGGCAUAAACAUAGCCAGUCAAAUACUUCGAGAAAUAGUGGUGGUUAUGGUUCUACAUAGUACUCUUGUGCUUCUGCUCACUUAAUUAACAUAUACAUGAACAUGACGAUGUUAGGAUGAACUUCUUUUUUAUCAAAAUCAAUUAUGAAAUACUCCCAUAAGUUUCUCCCCAAAAUUAAUUUCGACUUCAUAAUCAAUUGAAGAAGUGUUUCCAAACAUGCAUUUAACUGCUUAGAAGAGAUAAUUAGGAUUAGAGCAAGUGCCAGGUAUGAUUUGCUAAAGGCUUGGUCUAUUAUGUUUCUCAUCACAAUGUUACUUCUAUCUUUAGAGAGGUUUGGCAUGUAACUUUCUGGCUAUGUUGAGAAGUUUGAAGGGUGGAGUCUCUGGAUUCUUGUGUUCUGGUA